AUGGCCGUGAAUGUGCGAUGGUUGAUGGGUUCGGUGUUGCUGGUGCUGUGGGCCGGUUGUCUCGUGCAGCACGGCAGUGGCCAGCUGGGUUCUGCUGGCGGUGGUUCGUGGUUGGACAAGUUUAACAAACUGCUCAGCAGAUCGAAGACGCGCAACGCGACGGAAGACAACGAAGUGCUCGAUUCGGACGAGUAUGAUUUCAUCGUGGUCGGUGGUGGAACAGCCGGAAUGGUGCUGGCCACCCGGUUGUCGGAGAACCGUAACUGGAAGGUGCUGCUGCUGGAGGCCGGCCAGUAUGGUACGAAGCUGUUUAACAUCCCGAUCGGGUUCCAACUGGCCGUGCUGUCCGAUGCCUAUAACUGGAAGUUCUUAAGCGAACGGCAGCGCCAUGCUUGCUGGGGAACGAUCGACGGCCGUUGCCCGGUAGACAUCGGCAAGGGAAUCGGUGGUAGCACGCUAAUCAAUGGGCUCAUCUUUUCCCGCGGCAACCGCGACGACUACGAUCGGUGGGCAGCGGCCGGAAACGAUGGAUGGUCGUACGAUGAAGUGCUGCCAUACUUCCGCAAGUUUGAAAAAUCGAUCGGCGAAAAGGCGGACGGUAAGUUUCGUGCCGCGGGCGGUCCUCUGCGCGUAGAAAGAUCCACCUACCGGUCGGAGCACGCGCGCAUCUACCUGGAAGCUGCGAAGGAGGCCGGAUAUCAGCUGGUGGACUACAACGGUCGUACUCAGUUUGGAAUAUCGCCCGUACAAGCGACGAUGACGAAGGGCCAGCGGCUAUCCGCCUACAAUGCCUACCUGCAACCGGUCCAGAAGAAGCGGACGAACUUAAAAACGCUCACCGGUGCAUUGGUCACGAAGAUUUUGAUCGAUCCAACGACAAAAGUGACCGAAGGAGUUCGAUUCACCAGAAACGGUCAGCAGUUUGAAGUUCGCGCACGCAAGGAGGUGAUCUUGUCCAGUGGCGCUAUACUUACUCCCCAGCUGUUGAUGCUGUCGGGUGUGGGACCCCGGGAGCAUCUGGAAUCGCUCGGCAUACCGGUGAUCGAAGAUCUUCCCGUCGGUGGCACACUCUACGACCAUCUUGGGUUUUCCGGGUUGCAAAUCGUGAUGAACGGUACCGGAUUCUUCGCACCCGGUGACAUACCAACGUUCGAGAACUUCUACGAGUAUCUCAAAGGCAAGGGCGUACUCACCGUUCCGGCGGCAGUAGAACUCGUCACCUACCCGAAUCUAACCCUUGCCGGCCGCCGGGGACCAACGCUCGAGUUGACCAACCUGAUCAGCUCGUUCGCGGUGGACAAGGGUACCACGGCGAAGAACAGUGUGCGGAUGCGAGACGACAUCUACGAGGCUGUUUAUCGACCGCUCGAGACGCAAAACCACUUCACGAUCAUCGUGCAGAACCUACAUCCGCUGUCCCGGGGCACGGUGCGGCUGCGUAGUGCCAAACCUGCCGAUGCACCCGUCGUCGAUCCGAACUAUCUGGCCGAGGAACUGGACGUGGACGUGGUGCUCGAGGGUAUACGUGAGGUGCAGCGUGUCCUCGAGACGGAGGAGAUGCGUCGCUACGGAGCGACCGUGUGGGCCGCGCCACUUCCCAACUGUGUGCAGCACGAGCGCGACUCCGACGACUACUGGCGCUGUGCCGUGCGUACCGUGUCGUUCUCGUUGACCCACUUCACGUCCAGCUGCAAAAUGGGGCCACCGACGGACGACGAUGCGGUCGUUGGCCCCGACCUGCGGGUGUACGGUGUGGAGAAUUUGCGCAUUGUCGACGCGAGUAUCAUCCCGGAACCGGUUUCCGCGCAUCCGAUGGCGGCCGUGUAUAUGGUGGCGGAAAAGGCAGCCGAUCUGAUCGCACACCAGCACGCCGACGAUUGA